AUGGACAUCUUGGAACUAGUGCACGAAGACCAGCGUAGGGAGUGUCGACCAUUCGAUUGUAAGCACCCGGGUUGUCCCAAAGCGUUUUCUAGACGCUCUGACUUGGCACGACACGCUCGUAUCCACAGCCAAGAACGUCCCUUUGCUUGUCAAUUUCGCGACUGCGGAAAGACGUUCAUUCAGCGAUCUGCUCUGACCGUGCACAUCCGUGUCCACACUGGCGAGCGACCUCACGUCUGCGAGUCGUGCAGCAAAGCAUUCUCUGACUCGAGCUCAUUGGCACGCCACAGGAGGAUCCACACGGGAAGACGUCCGUACAAGUGCCUUGUCGCAGGGUGUGGCAAAUCGUUCUGUCGCAAGACGACACUCACUAAACACACGCGUCGAAACCAUGCUGAUGCCGAAGGUACGUUCACCGGCAUUGGCGGGGGGCCGCUCACGAUCUUGAGCAACUCGAUCUCGAUGAACCGAUGCGCUCUGCCGCCUCACAGCCGCUCGACGUUUCCGCAGGGACUCGAACACCAGUAUCUAUCCAGCCUCAAACUCGAACAGGACAGCAACAGCGCUGCCUACGGCUUUGAGAUGCAACAGUCGGCUGGAUAUGCCAGUAUGGCGUACAGUGCACCUGCCAUGUCGUCCUGUCCAUCUUCUAGUACGAGCUACGACGGAUUCGAACUCUCGCGCCGGCCAAGCUCUUCGCAGACGUUUUACAGCCCCGUCAGCCACAGUAGCCGAAUGUGUCCAACACCUACCCCGCUCACCUCGACUUCGGAGCUGUCCAGCUUCCCGCGCACGCCCGACUUUCGCGACACUCGCGCUUUCAACGUGCCUGUCUCGAGCCGUCCUCAUUUUGACCAGCUCUCGGUCGCCAACAUGGCUUACGCAGCAUGCGAAUCGCAGUGUCCAACAGCUGGAUUUGGUACAGGCAUGGUAGCGAUGCUUGACAACAGCUGUGAUAUGAGCAACCAGGAUGGCAGCAGUAUCGAUCCGAAUCUCUGGAACGCUGCUGCCGCUCCGCCUGGUACACCCAUGUCGAGCGUCGGCUCUCAGUUCUACGAACAGCCCACCUUGCACCAUUUCAGACCCGCAUUCCAACAGCAACAACAGCAGCAGCAGCAGCUAACAGGUACACCCGACCUCACUCAGCCUGCUACUAGCCACGAACGCUUGAGCUCGUACCUUCUCAGAUCGUCCUCUCAACUGCAGAGCGCCUAG